ACAUAAACAACGAAUGAACACACCCAAAGAGCUGAAGGGAUGUGUUACGAAGUGCUUCUGGUAUGACUAGCACAACAAACGCGACAGCUCAAGACUCGUGCUUGCUGAGAGAAGCUCUUCCGGAGAGUAAGGACAGACUGGCGGCCAGAGCGCCAGGAAAAUGAAGGACUGGGACGGUCAACGUCUGCGCCUGCAAGACGCAAAAGGGUCAGAAAGAAGGGAGUAAAGGGAGGAAGAGGAGAACGAAGGUGAUGGAACGGAAGAGAGGGGGGAAGGGGAAGAAGGGAGUUUUAGCUUACCGAGCAGCUGCUGGAACAGCGUUGGACGGCACCGUGAUGGCAGCAGUGAAGGACACGGACUGAUCUAUCAAUAUCUUAGACCCAUGGUGAUAUAGGAAGUGCACGCAGUCUGGUUACAAUCGUGCCGGUCGCUAUGUUACGACCCAAUUGGUAUUUGAGAGGACAAACACGGCUCUAGGGAGCGCUCCAUGCAUGGUAUGCAUGAGAAAAUGCGCCGGUCGUCGCAACAGCAAAGUACAAAAACACGCCUGGACAAUUCGCCGCCGUCGAGUUCGCUGCUCUGCGUGCUGCAGAAACGUGGAUCGCCUCUUCCGUUCUAACUAUCUUUAUCCUUGAUCCGGUCGGGACGUGCAUGGCAUCUCGGUACACCGGCGCUCCGCGCUCCGGCAGGGCUCAGCGGCGUCCAGAGCACGAUACACCAGCCUAGACGACGACCACUCUGGCUUGCAAUGCCUGCAGACGUCUCAAAACUCUCCGGCGGCUCCUUGAUCAUUGCCUGGCAACUCAAAGACAAAAACGUUCUUAUUGUUGGCGGAGGAGAGGUCGCGGCAAGUCGCAUUGAAAACAUCCUCAUUGCCGAUGCUCGAAUCACUCUCAUCGCGCCUCGGAGCGGUCUGCAUCUACAGACAAAAGAAUACAUAGGUGCGACGUCGCGCAUCACGUAUCAUGACCGCACCUUUGCGGGCCCCGAAGACCUCGAAGGCGCAGAUAUGGUCCUCACCGCCAUAGACGAUGUGGAGAAGUCUCGCGAGAUCUGCGCGAUGAGCCGCGAGCGCAAGAUACCCACAAACGUCGCAGACAUCCCGCCCAACUGCGACUUUUACUUUGGCUCGCAGGUUAAGCGGCUGCCGCUGCAGAUUAUGAUCUCCACGAAUGGCAAGGGCCCGCGGCUCGCACACCUCAUUCGAAAGAAGAUCGAGGAUAGUCUACCCGAAGGCAUAGAGAAUGCGAUAGAGAAGGUGGGGGAGCUGCGCAGCAAGCUGAGAGAGCGAGCACCGGGGGUGGGUGGAGAUCUGAGCAAAAAGCGGAUGGGAUGGAUGACGGAUGUGUGCAACACCUGGGAACUGGAAGACCUGGCGUUGCUGAACGAGACAACGAUAGACAAAUUGCUGAAUGAAGGAUGGGAAAAGGACAGGGUCCCCAAUGCGGAGGAAGUCAUCCCAAAGGCGAAGCGGGCAGGUCAAAUCCAGUUGCCGUUCAGCUUACUCGUCCCCAUCACCGUCGGUUUCUUUGUGGGGGUAGCAUGUACCGCUGUUGCCGUGCAUAGACUGGGUUCAAGACGGUGACAGGAAAUCGGGAGGUCAGUUUGUUCUACCGUAGGACUUGGUGGCACAUUGUAGCUGUAGGAGAAGUAUUGCGUGAAUGUACAUCAUUAUUUAUGAGUGUAUCUUCUAUAUCGUGAACAUAGGGCUCUCCGGGCUACAACGGGCUGAACUAUGACUCGUGUGCUGUGUAAGGUCAACGGACGGCGGGAGCGAGAUGCUG